UAGUAGUUAUUGAUGUGGAAGCACAUUAGCUAAGCACGUCAAUUUGUGCACUUAUUUAUAGUAAGUAAAGCAAUCUUAGCUUAUAACUAACUACUAAUGAUGAUGAGUGCAAAACCCUCCAUCGUACGCCAUGCUGAUGCUGUCUUCUUCUUCUUCUUCUUCUUCUUCUUCCUCUUCGGUUGAGCUUGAUCGAUCGCCUGUUAUACCCUUCCAACAGGUAUAUAUCUGAGCCAGACCACCCUAAUCCAUUCAUGCAAAUGUACCUCAAGUAGCUAAGCCACCGACCAUGGGGUACAUGAACGACACUCGUGGUUUACUGUUGACGACGUGCCCCAGCAGCAUCGACCACUACGUCCAGAACCUGACCUCCUCCUACUCCAACAAGAGCAACGAGUCCUCCGUGGUGGCCACCUCCGUCUUCAUGCUCGUCCUCGCCGCCGUCUUCUUCAACCUCAACCUCUUCAGCCGCGUCUCCAACACCAGCGCCGUCCUCAACCCCACCGCCCGCGCCGUUCUCAACUCCGCCCUCAACCUCUUCCUCCCCGUCAUGUCCUACCUCUUCUCCGAGGCCAAAAACACCCCUGACGGUGGCGCCGACCUCCCGGUGCGGGCUCGCCUCAUCCUCACCUGGAUGCUUCUCGUCGAGCUCCUCCGCAAGAAGGUGGAGGCCAUCCUGGUCACCGCCGGCAUGCAGCAGGGCUACUCUAACAUCAUCACACAUGCCAACGCCGUCGCCUGGCUGGGCUACCUCGUCUUCUUCAACCUCAAGGUGGCCGGCCGGGUGGCCGUCUUCGGCACGCUCUGGCUGCUCUGCGCCGCCAAGUUCGUGCAGAGGGUGGCCUUCACCGAGAUAGGGAAGCGUUCCUUGGCCUACGGCAAGAACGCUCGCCUCCUCUCCUCCUACAUGGCUGAAAUGGUCAAGGACCCGCGGCAUGGCGGCACCGCCGUCCAGGACCAGGACCUCUCUCCGUUGCAGAGGAUGAAGAUGUGCAAGUACGUCGUCAUGGGAGAAGAGAACCUUAUGCUGAAGCCCGGCCCGCAUGGCUACGAGCUCGACCUCGACAGGCUCAACACCACGUACGACGAUGGCGACCACAUCGUCACCGUCGGGAAAAUAUGGGAACUCGUUGAGCAGGAGAAGAAACCGAGGCUUAAAAGGCUCCAGAGGCUAAGCCUCUCCUUCGCGCUCUUCAAGCUGCUGCGGCCUAGGUUCGAGCUCCUGCCGGCCAUGACCAAGCAAGAAACCGACCACUGCCGGGACCUCAUCUUCCAAGGCCUGUGCAGAGUCAGCGACGGCGACGUGGACCCAGGGGUGGCACUAUUCCAGGUGCUCAAGGACGAGAUCAGCUUCGUGAGUGAGUACUACCACUCGGUCCACCCGGUGGUGCUGGCCAGCCCCUACUUCUUUGUGAUCAACUACAUCACCUUCCCAGUGGUGGUGUUGGUCCUUUGCUUCAUGACCAUCGCCCUCGCCGGCAACGGCGACAUGCUCUUGGCGUUUCACAGCGUCGGGGACGACAACUACGCCAUAUCGUCGGGCAUAUUCACGCUCACCAAGUGCCUAUGGAAGAACUUUCUCCGGAAACCGGCGGCCUUCUUCGCCAUCAUCGACAUCUCCAUCACCUACCUCCUGUUCAUCGCUUUCGUCUACGAGGAGGUGUGGGAGUACAUGGUGUUUGUGUUCUCCAACUGGUUCAUGGUGUCGCUGCUCUGCACAUACACCGCAAGGCGACGCUGGCAGGAGAGUAAGACCUACCGUGGCACUCUCCGCCGCAUCGCCUGGAUCAGUAGCAAGCUGAGCCACCCUAGCCGUGUCACCCUCAAGCAGUUCUCCGUGCUGAGGGUUAGCUGGCUCUCCAUGACUCUGCCCACCACGUCUCUACCAACGCAAGCAAAGAGGUCCAUAAUGGAACGCUUCCGCUCGGCGGCAUACGGCCGCGAUGGUUUCCCGGCCCCCCUUAGCAACGGAAGAUACGUACUAUACUCCAUGCAACGGUACUCACGCUUGUCAUGGUUCUGCGAUACUCAAAGUGUCGCAGAGGUCAUCAUCACCUGGCACAUUGCCACCAGCCUAUUGGAGAUGACGUAUCCAGGACAUCGCAAAGGAGGGACCUCGCCGACGGAUCACCAUAGGGCGGUGGCGACAAAACUGUCCAAGUAUUGUUCUUACCUCGUGGUCUUCCACCCGGAGCUGCUACCGGAUGACCGGGAGUGCACAGAGCGCGUGUACGAGGACAUGAAGACCGGUCUCAAGGAGGCGCUCGGGAGUUGGAACUACCACUUAGGGUCGGAGAACGCGCGGUACACGAAGAUGAUGGCGACGAACCAGGAUAAGCUGCGCUCCGACUGCUGGGACAACACCAUGACUAUGGUCCAGAAGGGGAUAGUGCUUGGAAACGUGUUGGUGGUAGAGGCCAAUGGAGACUAUGGGGCCGUUUGGAAACUGCUUGCCGACCUUUGGGUUGAGCUGAUUGUGUAUGUUGCCCCAUCCAGCGGCGAUGAGCACGUGAAAUGGCACGAGGAGGCGCUAGUGCUAGGUGGCGAGCUCAUCACCUUGCUUUGGGCCUUGGCCACGCACACCGGUGUAACCCGCCCACCGUCGACAUCGUUGGUUGUCAUGCCGGUUGGCGAGGAUGUCGAGGAGGGAGUACGUCCUUGUGUAUAGGCCUACCUAUACAUAUCUUCAUAUGCACAUCAUUAUGUGUACUCUCAGGUCUAUUUAUAUAUGUAAGACACUCAUGUUUUGAAGUUUGACUAAAAUUCUCUUAUAUAAUAGUUUUGCCGGUUUUGCAAUUAAUCAGGCACCACCUGGAAAUUUUUAUAGUGUCGGUCGAUUCAACGCGUAGGCAGACUUGGACCCUUUCCUUGACACGUCAUCCUACGGCAAAGUGGUUUGAAGAUUGCAACCAUUUCGGGCGGCCAGUGGUUUGAAGUGUGCGUGUGUGCCUCAGCCUGCGCGCGCAUGUGGGUGGUCUUUUGUGUUCUUGAUGUGUGUGCGUGCUUUGUGUGUUCUUGCUUUUUAUGUGGUCUCUGGUCUAUGUACAAAUCAUAUUAUUGUCUCAAAUUUACACCGCUAUAUGUUUAUUUUAAUAUUUAUAUUGUGGAACAAUUAAUGCAAGUUAGAUGAAAAAUUA